UCCGGCCCCUGCUCCGGCCCUGCGCCCGGCCCUGCGCCCUGCUCGGCGCUUUUCAUGGAAGAGAUGUCGGGCGAGAGCGUGGUGAGUUCGGCUGUGCCGGCGUCCGCCCCCCGGACCACCCCCUUCAAGGGCACCGGCCCCAGCUCCAAGUACGUCAAGCUGAACGUCGGGGGGGCCCUCUACUACACCACCAUGCAGACGCUCACCAAGCAGGACACCAUGCUCAAGGCCAUGUUCAGCGGCCGCAUGGAGGUGCUCACCGACAGCGAAGGCUGGAUCCUCAUCGACCGCUGCGGGAAACACUUCGGCACCGUCCUCAACUACCUGCGCGACGGGGCGGUCCCGCUGCCCGACAGCCGCCGCGAGGUCGAGGAGCUGCUGGCCGAGGCCAAGUACUACCUGGUCCAGGGCCUGGCCGACGAGUGCCAGGCGGCCCUGCAGAACAAAGACGCGUACGAGCCGUUCUGCAGGGUGCCCGUCAUCACGUCCGCCAAGGAGGAACAGAAGCUGAUCGCCACGUCCAAUAAGCCGGCGGUGAAAUUGCUCUACAACCGAAGUAACAACAAAUAUUCGUACACCAGUAACUCGGACGACAACAUGCUGAAGAACAUCGAGCUGUUCGACAAGCUGUCCCUGCGCUUCAACGGGCGGGUCCUGUUCAUCAAGGACGUCAUCGGCGACGAGAUCUGCUGCUGGUCUUUCUACGGGCAGGGCCGCAAGAUCGCCGAGGUCUGCUGCACCUCCAUCGUCUACGCCACCGAGAAGAAGCAGACCAAGGUGGAGUUCCCCGAAGCCCGCAUCUACGAGGAGACCCUGAACAUCCUGCUGUACGAGGCCCAGGACGGGCGCGGGCCGGACAACGCCCUGCUGGAGGCCACGGGCGGGGCCGCCGGACGAUCCCACCACCUGGACGAGGACGAGGAGCGCGAGCGCAUCGAGCGGGUCCGCCGCAUCCACAUCAAGCGCCCCGACGACCGGGCCCACCUCCACCAGUGACCGCGGCCGCCCCCCACCCCCGGGACCACGGGACGCGGCCGCCUCGGCCCAGGCGGGGGUCCCGCCCCCCGCCCCUCCCCGCCGCCUCGGCCCCCGAUCCCCUAGGAAGCCCUUCCCCCGGCCACCGGCCCCCUUACCCGCAAGUGCCUUCCGUCUCCCCCGCCCCCGCCGGUGGGCGUCUCCCCCGUCCCCUUCCAGCCCCGGUCUGCAUUGGCCGCCUCCCUCCGUCGGGCAGUCGGUAGGAUCGCCCGGGCACCCCUCCCUCAACCCACCCCCCACACCCGAGCGUGAUCUCGGCGUCUGUCCCCGUCCCCCGCCCCCUACAAGCUCCGCAACCCUCAUCCCCGGAGCUCUCCCUUCCGGAAAUCCAAGGGCGCGUCGAGCCGGCCCCCCGCCCCCCGGCCCCACUUCUCUAUUUUUCUACUCUCUACAGCUUUCGCGGGGCGAACGGUUCACCUCUCGGACACCGGUCUGACGGCCCGGAGACGUCCGGGGGUCCGGAAGCGUCCGUCGGGUCUACGGGGAAGGAACGCGGAAGGUCGGCCGGGGGGAGGCCGGGAACGGAAGGUGUGACGACGGGCGGGCGGGGGCAGGACCCUCCGGGCCCGGCCGGGAGCGACGGACGCCGUCGAGUCCCUAGGCCGCCGUCUCGUCGGACGGGGACGGGACCGUGGUCCCGGAGCGCCCGCUGGGGCCGCUCGGGAGAGUAGGGUAGAAGGAGCGGACGCGUUUCCCCGCCCGCGCGGAGCUUAGGGUCGAGCCGGGGAGCCGGGCCUCGGAUGAGUCGCAGGUGGGAGGACGGAGCGCCGGGAUGGGGCCUUCUCCAAAUCCGGAAGAGCGGCGAGGCCCGGAACGGGUCCGGAAGGCGGCGGAUCGGGAAGCGGCCACGGCGACGAGAGCGAGGGUCGGGAGAGCCGUCCUCCGUCGCCGUACCGCGGGGAGGGGCUUGGGGUCGCUCAGCCGCAGCGGGCCGCCCCUCGGCGGCACAGGUUCGAGGGGCCGGGGAUCCCCCGCGAGAGGGAACGACGCCUUUUAGAGAAACUCUGCCCGUACGUCAAGUCUUCGCGUCCGCGGAGCCGGGGGCGGCUCCGGACUCCUCUCUCGGCACACCUGACACCCGCUGCAGGCCUGGGGGGUCUCCACCGAUCGGGGAAGGGGCCGGCCCUCACCAGAACGUGGCGCGGAGAUCUCCCCGCGGCCGGGGUUCGCGGCGAGAGGCGUCUGAGCCGGGCCCGGGAGCCGGAAACGGGCGGUGGUCCCACCCCGUCAGAGCUGAGGAGAAGCGCUUCUAGUUGUCAUUUCCCGUCUUAGUCGGGUCGUCGUCUCCCGUCCGUCCGUCCGUCCGUCCGUCCGUCCGUCGGUCCGUCGCUCCCACGGCGAGAAGCCGUCGCGCGACCGCUUCAGGUCGUCCCUCUCCGUUUCUGUCCCGCUCCAAUAAACCGAAACGCCGUCCGAGGGC